ACCUAGACAAAUUAACUUGGUCUGACGUAAAGCGUAAGAAAAUUUAUCCGUCUGCUAGAGCGGGACACGGUGCCAUUGCUAUAGGAACGAACAUGUAUAUAUUUGGUGGCAUGAACAGAGAUGGUGCUCUAGAUGAGACUUGGAGGUUUGAUACACUUACAUCACAGUGGACAAAAAUAGAUUUACAAGGACCGCCCCCUGGCUGUAGACUUGAUUUUGGAAUGUGCUUGAUAAAUUUAAAACGUAGCGUGGUAACUACAGAUACGACCAAUGAUGUAGUCAAUGCAACGAAGCAAGCUAAAGAUGUUCUAGAACGUGAGAUGACCAAACCUGGAAGUGCGUCGUCGCGAACAAGUUGUCCGGAACUUGAUUCAAGUCUAAAUGGAGCUACUGGUGGACAAGAAUUCAGUUCAGGGGCAGAUAACUUUGAUGAUGUAGAUGGCGCCACCAGUGCUACAGCGCCAUCUAGUGAGAUAGAGAAAGUGUUCACUUUAUGCUUGGUGCAUGCUGGGAUGGAUACAGAAGGGGAGGUGUUUGAUGAUGUACUUGUAAUAAAUCUAGAUAUAUAAUUGUUGGCUAUAAUUCUUUGUAUGUUAAUUCAUUAAGUUAUAUUUUGUUAACAUUUUUUGUUUCAGUCCGAGAAAUUAACGAAGAUUAAUUUUGUUCUUUAGAUUAUAGAAAGAUUUUAAGCUUUGUCAUCGAACAUAAUAUAUCUAUGAUAAGAUUUAAUAUUUGUAAUAUCAACAAUUUACAAAUAUCAACAAUUUACAUGUCAGAAAACUUACACUGAACAUGUUGUACGAAAACUUACACCAAAACUUACACUGAACAUGUAACAAAUCUGACACUGUAUAUGU